AGCGAUUCCGGGCCUUUGCCCGGGGCUUACUUCAACAAGUUAGUUCGGGCCUGGGCAGGCUGGGCAGAGUCUGAGGGAAGAGAUCGCGGGGGGAUCGGAAACUGGGUUCCAGGUCUUCGCUGCGGAUUCUGGAAUCCGUCCUCUCCAGCUACACCAUGCCAUCACUCGGAAUUCGCAUCCUCAUUCGCCUGCCACAAUGCCGUUAUAUAUACUAUUCUCGUCUCAGACAGACUCAGCUCUCCAUCAACCAAACAACUGCCUCUUUUUACUAAAAGUUUGUUACCAAAAAAGUCCAUCAUGAGCCCUCACGCCAACGUCGCCAACGGCGCCGCCCUCGAGGAAAUCUCCGACGCCAUCGACAACGUCAACGUUCUCAAGCAGAACCUGAAGGAAAAGGCCCAGACCGAGAAAGACCUCUACGAGGAAUCCGAGUUCGACAAGGAGAAGGACAAGACCCAGUUCCGCCAGUACGAGGACGCCUGCGACCGCGUCAAGAACUUCUACAAGGAACAGCACAGCAAGCAAACAGUCGCCUACAACCUCAAGGCUCGCAAUGACUUCCACUCCAAGACCCGCGCCGAGAUGUCCGUCUGGGACGCCAUGGAGAAGCUCGACACCCUGAUCGACGAAAGUGACCCAGAUACUUCCCUCUCCCAGAUCGACCACCUGCUACAGUCCGCCGAGGCCAUUCGCCGCGAUGGCAAGCCCCGCUGGAUGCAACUGACCGGUCUCAUCCACGACCUGGGCAAGCUGCUCUUCUUCUAUGACGCCCGCGGCCAGUGGGACGUCGUCGGCGACACAUUCCCCGUCGGCUGCGGGUUCGACGAGCGUAUCAUCUACGGCACCGAGUCGUUCGAGGAUAACGAGGACUUCGGCCACCCUAUCUACUCUACCACCAACGGCAUCUACACUCCCGGCUGCGGGCUCGACAAUGUCAUGCUCUCAUGGGGCCACGACGAGUACCUCUACCACGUUGUCAAGGAGCAGUCGACUCUCCCCGACGAGGCCCUCGCCAUGAUCCGAUACCACUCAUUCUACCCCUGGCACAACGCCGGUGCGUACAGGCACCUGAUGAACAAGAAGGACGAGGAGAUGCUCAAGGCUGUGAAGGCUUUCAACCCUUAUGAUCUGUACAGCAAGAGCGACGAUGUCCCGACGGUGGAGGAGCUAAAGCCUUAUUACCUCGACCUGAUUGAUGAGUUCUUCCCCAAGAAGGUCAUCAAGUGGUAGACUGCCUGUUUUCAUUUUUCAUUUUACGAGUUACGACGAAUCAAAGCGGUAUCUUGAUGCCAUUACUAUAUUGGCCUUAGUUAGCUUAACAUGCAUGACAUAGAUGGUUUUUUACAAAGUGCAUCAUUUCUUCAAACCCCACUUCUUCUCAAGCCCACUGUCCAAGCAGAUUCAAACCAAGUGUAAGCAGUUCCAUUCUUCGAUAGCCGACAAUCAAUCAGGGGCACUAAACAGAAUACCCGAUUAGCCCCACCAAACCACACAUCCAAGGGCAAGAAAAGAACAAAGCAAAACAUAACAUACCACACUAUUACCCGUGUUACAAUCUCCAGAACAACAGAGGAAGGUACCGCCGUUACAGUACUCGCCGGGCUGGGAGCAGCCAACCCUCGGUUCGAUGUCGAUGGCGG